AUGUCAGUCCAUGAUGAAAUUCGCAGCCAUGCGGGCUUCGAUGCAUGGGAUCACCAGUCUGCCUAUGUAUACGAACCAGGCACUGGGGGAGAAGAUGCUCCUUUUGGCCAGCGACCCUCAAAGCGGCGGAAAGUGACAGAUGCUACUGAACAUUUAUUCACGUCAGAAUCGUACAAGAGCUCAAUUGGAUUUGAGCCGCUUUUUGGAGGAGCAGAAAGCGAAGGCUGCAUGCUUUUGCGGGAGGAAUUGUACGAACGGUAUUGGUCGGAAACGGAGCUACGCAUUCAGUCAGUACUGGAUGAAGCGAACGAGGGCACGUUAGCAGAUGUAUCGCAGUUUGUGAAUGACUCUGAAGUGUAUAGAAGUGAUGAUAAAUUGCCAUCUGCUUUUAUUGUCACCGGUCCUAAUAUCUCAUCGCAGAGCCUCUUGUUCAAUCAGCUGUCGACUAAGCUUAGGUCGGAGAUCAAUGGUCCAGUCAUAACACUAAGAUCUGGCGAUGCCACAAACCUCAAAAGUGUGCUCAAAAUCAUCAUUCGUACAGCUACAAAUCAACUUUUGGAUGAGGGAGGGCUAUCAAACGAUCACAAUGUCGGUUGCAAGAAAAUUGUCGUCGCAUUUCAAGACAGCGAAGCUUUCGAGACAAACAUUCUAGUUGACCUCAUUAGUCUAUUUAAGUCAUGGAUGGACCGGAUUCCAUUCGUCCUGUUGUUUGGCGUCGCCACCUCUAUCGAGCUCUUUCAAGAAAGAUUAUCAAAAUCGGCCACUCGGUCUCUUUUUGGGAUCCAAGUUGAUGUAGAGCAGACUAGCAGUGUUAUUGAAAGAAUCUUUCAGAAAGCCGUUGCUAGCUCGAGUGCAGUCCUCAGGCUUGGACCUGAUGUUUUGUCAAUUCUUAUGGAGCGUCAACUAGAUCACCUUCAGAGUGUACAAUCUUUCGUUGCCGCGAUCAAGUAUGCAUACAUGAGCCACUUCUAUGGAAAUGCUUUAAGUGUCUUGUGCGAUAACAGCGAACCGGCGGAUGUCACGCGGGUUUUAGAGGAUCGACAUUACGAAGCUAUCCGAACCCUUCCGUCCUUCAAGAAACAUAUCGAGCGUUUAGUGAGAUCGCAUGAAUCAAGUCGCAUACGAGCCCUACUCCAGGAUGACGAGGUUCUAUCCGAAGAAGUCAAACAAGCACUUCGGUCGCGACAGAAAGCGAACCUGCAACUUCUGCGCACAAUUCACGCCUUUCAGAGUGCUAGUGAUGAAGCUAUCGACUGUGUCAAUUUGUAUAUGACAGUUUUUGAGGGAAAUCUUCAGCAGUCUGAUUUUGUUAAAGUCCUCCUGGCGUCUUUGAAACGUAUGGCACCCGCACAAAUGCUGACGCUUUUAUCUAAAAUAACCGCUGCUAUAAGAGAAGGCAAUCCAGGGAUGAAUCUCGAUGGUUGGUCUUUCGAAGACGAAGACUUUUUGGUAAACAUUCAGGACGUCGAGCGCAAAAUUCUAGCCCUAUCUAAUGCUGCCGAUGAAGCUGAACUACCUGUCCGUAGUAGUGAGACCAUUCACAACAAAGGCUUGAGAACGACGGUGGUCGCCCAAAGAGUCCAGCUGAGCUACGCAGAGUCUACUCUCACCGCUCAUGAGAAAGAGUUCUUGGAACAGAAUGAGCGCGUAUCAGGUCUUUUGGAGAACUACUUUACCACGGAUGACCCCCGACAGUCACUUUUCAGCGAGAUUUGGCUCUGCAAUUCCACAGCUACUCUUCUCGAAGCCUUUGCUCCUCGCCCUAGGGCAGCCGUAGAAUCUGCACUAUGCGUCCCAGAUCAAUUCCUUAAUUUGGAAGUGACGAUCAAUAGUUACCCGCAACGUACAAGUCUUCACGCCACCGCUGUCUUGUACCAGCGAUAUCUGGAAGCGGGCUCUCUUAUCAACAUGGCUGAUCUAUGGUCCUCAUUCCUUGAGAUUAUGGUUGAUGAGGAGGAGGAACCGGACGAAAGAGCGGUUUUGAUGCAGUUUUAUCACGCUCUGGCCGACCUCAAGUCGAUGGGGAUGGUCAAACAGAGUAAAAAGAAAGCAGAUCAUCUCGCCAAAGUUUCAUGGAAGGGUCUUUGA